AUGAACAUCUUCUCCAAGAAACCCACUGCCAAAGAGGCUCUUCGUGAGAGUAAACGACAAAUGACAAACGCCACUAGAGGUGUAGAGAAGGAAAUUGGAGCACUACAAUUGGAAGAAAAGAAGCUUGUUGCUGAGAUAAAGAGAACUGCUAAGACAGGGAAUGAGGCAGCAACUAAAAUUCUAGCACGCCAGUUGGUCAGGCUUAGGCAACAAAUUGCUAAUCUUCAAGGUAGUAGAGCUCAGAUGAGAGGCAUAGCAACUCACACACAGGCGAUGCAUGCCCAUUCUUCUGUUGCUGUUGGUAUGAAAGGUGCUACAAAGGCAAUGGCAGCUAUCAAUAAGGAAAUGGCACCCGCAAAGCAGGCUAAAAUUAUACAGGACUUCCAGAAACAAUCAGCACAGAUGGAUAUGACUACUGAAAUGAUGUCAGAUGCUAUAGAUGAUGCCUUGGAUAAUGAUGAAGCUGAAGAGGAGACUGAUGAACUGACAAACCAGGUACUGGAUGAAAUUGGUGUUGAUGUUGCCUCUCAGUUAUCAGCAGCUCCAAAAGGGAGAGUUACGACAAAGAAUACUGAAGAUGUCAGCAGCUCGGGCAUUGACGAACUUGAGAAGCGUUUGGCAGCUCUUAGAAAUCCAUAA